AUGGCCAAGACUUUCCAAUUCCAGGACAUCCAAGUCAACUCUCCAGGCUUCGGCGCUAUGGGUCUGAGUUUCGGCCUGGGAAGCAAUCUGAGCUUGGAAGAGGCUGAACCCGUUCUCCUCAAGGCAAUUGAGCUCGGAUGCACAUUCUGGGAUACAGCAGUUGUUUACCAGGCUGGUGUCAACGAGAAGCUUCUCGGCGACUUCAUUAGAAAGCACAACGUUCGCGACAAGGUGUUCAUCGCUUCAAAGUGUGGAUUUGACGUUUUUGGCUCUGGCGGCAUCACCAACUCUGCUUCUCACAUCAAGGAGUACAUCGAGGGCACUAUUGAGAGACUUGGUUUCACCCCUGACCUCUACUACCUUCAUCGCAUUGACCCCAACACGCCUCUCGAGGAGUCCAUCACAGCGCUCGAUGAGAUCCGCAAGGCCGGGAAGACGAAGUACAUCGGUCUUUCUGAGUGCUCAGCUGUCACCCUUCGCAAGGCCAACUCAAUUGCCAAGAUCGAUGCUCUUCAAGCCGAGUACUCAGCUUUCGAGACCAUUCACGAGACUGACGGGUUGAUUGAAGCUGCCAAGGAGCUCGGAGUUUCUUACGUGGCUUACAGCCCCCUGGGUCACGGAUGGCUCGUUGAUGACUUCCAGUACAAGAGCCCAGACGACUUUGCACCAAACGAUUUCCGUCGCGGAAGUGAGUUACAACUGGAAACAAGAAACUAUGUCGCCCAGGCGCUAAUAAAACUAUGUAAAGGUCCCAAGUUCCAGGGCGAGAACUUCUACAAGAACAAGGCUAUCGUUGAUGAGAUCAAGAAACUUGCUGUGCGUAAGGGAGUCACUCUGCCUCAGAUUGCUCUUGCCUGGGUUGCCGCGCAGGGCAUGAUUCCUAUCCCUGGCACAACAAAGGCCAAGAGAUUGGAAGAGAACUGGGUAUCAAGAGACGUUGUUUUCUCUGAUGAGGAGAGAGUGGAGAUGCGGAAAAUUAUCGAUGCAGCCAAGCCGCACGGAAACAGAUACAACCCAACCCAGCAGGCUAUGGUUGGACACUAA